GUCAGGAGCCAGGUGUGUGUGUCGGGCAGGCCGCAGAGGGGACGCACUUGCGGAGCCAGGCGCCAGCAUCUCAGUGCUGGGAGAGGCCUCUAGAUGGUGCAGGUGAGUCCGCAGUCAGGGAAAGCCCCUCCGCAAGGACUGAGUUCGCACACUCGCAGGCGGACGGAGCAGUCAAGGAAGAGUUCCCGGACAGCCCCUUGGAAUAGAACGAAAGUGGAGCCGACAGCAGAGAGGUGCCUUGCCCUGGGGCAGCUCUGCCAGCCUCCAGCGACGCUAGCCACUUGCUUCCCAGAGCAUUGCCAGCUACCACCUGUGAAACCUGGUGGCCCCACACGGGACCGUGCCUGCCUUUCCCCACAGACCGUCUCCCGCUUGGAUUGGAAACUGACCCGCCAGCAGGUCCAGGCAAAGCAGCGGGAGCAGAUGGCCCUCGCGGGAGACUGCAAGUGGAUGCCCUGGCUCCCCAUGCUGGUGGUGUCACUGCUGUGCUCAGCCAGAGCAGAGUACUCCAACUGCGGCGAGAAUGAAUACUAUAACCAGACCACGGGGCUGUGCCAUGAGUGUCCACAGUGUGGCCCGGGGGAGGAGCCCUACCUGUCCUGUGGCUAUGGCACCAAAGAUGGGGACUAUGGCUGUGUCCCCUGCCCAGCGGAGAAGUUUUCCAAAGGAGGCUACCAGAUAUGCAGGCGCCAUAAGGACUGCGAGGGCUUCUUCCGGGCCACCGUGCUGACGCCGGGGGACAUGGAGAAUGAUGCUGAGUGUGGACCGUGUCUCCCUGGCUACUACAUGUUGGAAAACAGACCCAGGAACAUCUACGGCAUGGUCUGCUACUCCUGCCUCCUUGCACCCCCCAACACCAAGGAAUGUGCAGGAGCCAGCUCCGGAGUCUCUGCCAGCUUCCCCAGCACCUCUGGCAGCAGCACCCUCUCUCCCUUCCAGCACGCCCACAAAGCAGAGCUCUCAGGCCAGGGGCACCUGGCCACGGCCCUGAUCAUUGCCAUGUCCACCAUCUUCAUCAUGGCCAUAGCCAUUGUCCUCAUCAUCAUGUUCUACGUCGUGAAGACGAAGCCUUCUGCUCCAGCCUGCUGUACCAGCCACCCAGUGAAGAGCAUGGAAGCCCAAGUGAGCAAGGAAGAGGAGAAGAAAGAGGCCCAAGACAGUGUGGUGAUUUUCUCCGAGAAGGACGAAUUCGAGAAGCUGACCACAGCUCCAGCAAAGACUGCCAAGAGCGAGAAUGACGCAUCGUCGGAGAAUGAGCAGCUGCUGAGCCGGAGUAUGGACAGUGACGAGGAGCCUGCCACCGACAAGCAGGGCUCCCCAGAGCUGUGCCUCUUGUCGCUGGUUCACCUGGCCCGGGAGAAGUCAGCGGCCACCAAGUCAGCCGGGAUUCAAAGUCGAAGGAAAAAGAUAUUGGAUGUGUACGCCAAUGUGUGUGGAGUCGUUGAAGGUCUCAGCCCCACAGAGCUGCCAUUCGACUGCCUUGAGAAGACGAGCCGAAUGCUCAGCUCCACGUACAACUCCGAGAAGGCUGUUGUGAAAACGUGGCGCCACCUCGCCGAGAGCUUUGGACUGAAGAGGGAUGAGAUUGGGGGCAUGACGGAUGGCAUGCAGCUCUUCGACCGCAUCAGCACGGCAGGCUACAGCAUCCCGGAGCUGCUCACGAGACUGGUGCAGAUCGAGCGGCUGGAUGCCGUGGAGUCCUUGUGCGCGGACAUACUCGAAUGGGCAGGGCUUGUGCCCCCGGCCUCCCAGCCACCCACGACGUCCUGAGGAGCCUGCCUGUGGGCCAUCCUCCCAGGAGGCACCAAGGAUCUGACAAGGGCUCUGGAGCUGUGAGUGCUGCCAGCAGACUGCCAAGAAUCGAAGCUUUGUCUGCGGUCACCAGGCUUUCCCUUAGGCUGUUCCCGGGAACAAGAGGAAAUGAGGCCCAUCUUCCAAUCUAACCAAAGAUAAAAGAUGAAAGCUGGAUACUCCCAGCUCCCCACCGGUACCUCACCAGGCAGGAUGAAUAUUUAUUUGUGAACUCAGUCACGGGACCCUGUUGGACGCUCAGAUGAACUGAACAAUGUAGGGGCGACAGAAGUGAGAAUGUGGUGCCUGACUUUGAGGAGGUUACAACCUAGGGAGAGAGAAGACGUGUUUACAAACCACCUUGCUAGAGGACAUCCCAGAAUCUGGAUGAAGGCAUGCUAAGAAUAUGUAAUAGAAGUUCUAGGGUAGGAGAUGGCUCCCCACGGGUGAUGAAGGAGGGCAGCCUCAUGAAGAAAGCAGCUUGAAGGCCUGGUGACAUGGCGACACAAGGCAGAGUCCCACUCCUAAAAUGUGUCAGGUGUGGUACUUGUCUGUUAGCGUCCUAAGUGGCUUCAUUGGAAUAACUUGGCCUGUUCUUGAGGCCAUCUGUAUUCCUACUGCCCUUCCAGUCACUAAUGGAAGAGUUCACUCUGUGGUCUGCCCUCUGUCACUGAUGCACAAGGUGUGUGCUUGUCCAGUCAAGUAGCCCUGUGUCCAGUAAGUGGCCGGUUUCACCUACUGCACAAGUCCCAGGCCUGGGACCCAGUGGUUUGUAUUACACAUGAAUUGCUCUCCACUCUCAUCCUUAGUCAGGUGUGACCCUUUUGGGCAGCAUUGCUCAAGAACACAAUCCAUUUAAAUGAUGUGUCAGCCUGUUUCUGCUUCAAACAGCAAUGAGUGCCCUGCUGUAUGUAUGGAGAUAAAGGGUGACUUCCUGAGAGCUUAGCCAUGCAUAAUUGUAGAUUCUGAGCGUCCGAGACUUGCGGAUAAGCCUUGUGGCAGGAGAGCUCCUGAACCAGUCAAGGAAAGUAGGGCCUCGAGCACAAGAAGGGCCUGGGCUUGGAAUCCAGAGACCCGGUUCUAGUUGUGCCAACUUGGGCCAUUUUCUUCUCCUUCCCAGGCUUCAGUUUCUCUUCUGCAAAGUAGAGGUUAGCCUGUGGCCUCGUAAUCAGGGAAAGUACGGUUCAGGUGGGCAACAGGAAAGUAGGGCUGCAGGAAAUGCCAGGCCUUCGAGGUGCACAUCCAAGUGAGCACCGUGAGUCAUCAAGUAAUAUGAGACUAGAAGCAGAAAAACUCAGUAACUGUAGUUGUUUGACAUACGUUUAGAGAUAAAGUAAUAAACUGACAUUGUUCUUGGCAAAUUCUCUUACUACACCUGCAGUUGCCAAGAGCGUGGGAGAUAGGGUAGUGAUCAUACCAGGGGGUUAAUUUAGAGUUCACUGCUGAGCUCCCUAAUGACAGAUCUGACUGUGGGUUAUUACUAAAUUAAAACCAGUCUCUGACUUACAAAGCGAUGUUUUUAAAAUUACAAGUCACGUGACUGAGCAAAUGCUUUGGGGGGAGGAAAUCAGUCAUAUGUUUGGAGCCAACGAGCAAGUUCCCACCAGUGAAUGUAGAGCAUAUUGACAGGGUCAUGAUGAGGUCCUGAAUAUUUAAUAUCAUCAUCUGCUGUGUCUGUCUGCUGCUGUUUUUCAGAACCUAUUUGGUAUAUCCUGCAAGCUAAAUACUCCAUGGCAAAACUUAAUUAUCCUUUUAAUUCCUCUUUGAAAUCCUACGGUGCCCCUUUCUCCUCCUUUGUGAUAAUGAUGAGAGUCUCCCCCUGAAUUAGGCUGCAAGUGUCACAUGUGAUGAGCAUGCCAUUCCAGGGAGACAGCCUGCAGUUUCCCAAGAACAACAUUUUCAGUGAAGGAGCAGGGGUGGCUAUUCCCAGGCCCAGAGCUUUGCCUCAUUUCUUGGGGCCCGAGGUCCAGCCAGCAUCACACCAUGUUUCAGUGAUUCUCAGCCUGUCAUUUUUAGGCAGCUAGUCCUUAUAGAGCUAAACAUUCCUUUGUCAUUUACUUAUUUGGAAACAAAUCCAAGAAUAGUCUAUUUUGAUUUCGGUGAUAAUCAUUAUGGUCUCAUUGAUUUGAAUUCCAUAAUGCAGGCUAAUCACCGACCAGAGCAAGGACUUCCACCCUGUCCUUUUGUAUGGAGACAGUCAUGAUUUUGCUAUACUUAAAAACAUUUAGGGAACACCCGAGGCUAAGAGCUAUGGGCCCUAGCCAGUGAAGUCUUAAUUGUCAAUAGUUUUGUCUAAUUUUGUAUAUAUAACUUAUUAUAUUUUACAAUUUCAAUAAACUAAU